UUUGCCAACUUCAUAGCUGUUUAUUACGACUUCUCACGAACAUUGUGGUCGUCCCUGCCUGAAUGACAACCAGAUUCUACUGUACAGCUUCUGACUAGAUUCUUCGAGUGUACUGCCGACCUAUGGCUGUUGCGGCUCUGAGCUGGCGGUGCGGGCAGUGGAGACAUGGUCGAGGUGCAUUUGGCGCUGCCUGGUGUCACGCGAGGGGCUGCUCCGGCCAGUCCAAGGAGCACUACAAGGUCCUCGUGCUCGGGGGCGGCAGCGGGGGCAUCACGAUGAGCGCGCGGAUGAAGAGGAAGGUCGGCGCAAAGAAUGUGGCCGUCGUCGAGCCAAGCGAGAGCCACUAUUAUCAACCAAUUUGGACCUUGGUCGGUGCUGGAGCUAAAACAGUGCAUUCUUCUGGCCGCCCCACUGCCAAUGUGGUACCAUCUGGGGUGAAGUGGAUCAAAGCCAGAGUCCAGGAGAUAGACCCAGACAAGAACACAGUUCGCACAGACAAUGGGAAGGAGAUCUCUUACCAGUAUCUGAUUGUGGCCCUCGGACUCCAGCUUCACUAUGAAAAUAUCAAAGGGCUCCCGGAGGGGUUUGAACAUCCAAAAAUUGGAUCUAACUACUCAGUCCAGACAGUGGAGAAGACCUGGAAAGCCCUUCAAAACUUCAAGGAAGGCAAUGCCAUCUUCUCCUUCCCAAAUACCCCUGUGAAAUGCGCGGGUGCACCCCAGAAGAUCAUGUACCUCUCCGAUGCCUACUUCAGAAAGACUGGGAAGAGGUCGAAUGCCAACAUCAUUUACAACACGUCCCUUCCCGUGCUUUUUGGCAUAAAGAAGUACGCCGAGUCCCUUUGGGAAAUUGUGAAGACCAGGGAUCUGACGGUGAACCUCCGGCACAACCUCACAGAGGUGCGCGCUGACAAGCAGGAGGCUGUCUUCGAGAGACUGGACAGCCCGGGGGAAACAGUGGUUUUUGAGUAUGAAAUGCUCCAUGUAACUCCUCCAAUGGGGCCUCCUGAAGUGUUAAAGGGCAACCCUCUGGCUGACCAGGCCGGCUGGUUGGACCUGGACAAAGACACGUUGCAGCACAAGACGUACCCCAAUGUGUUUGGGAUUGGAGACUGUACCAACCUGCCAACAGCAAAGACAGCUGCUGCAGUGGCUGCACAGUCAUCUGUGCUGGACAGGACCAUCUCCAAAGUGAUGAAAAAAGACAAGCCAGACAAAAAGUAUGACGGCUACACGUCCUGCCCCCUGGUGACCAGCUACAACACGGUGAUUCUGGCAGAGUUUGACUACAAUGGGCAGCCCCUGGAGACCUUCCCCAUCGACCAGAGCAAGGAGAGUAGGCUCAUGUACCACAUGAAGGCCGACCUGAUGCCCCACCUGUACUGGCAUGGCCUUUUGAAGGGAUUUUGGGGAGGCCCAGGCCCGUACAGGAAGAUCAUGCACCUGGGGAUGAAAUAGAGCUCAGAGACACGGCACAAAUGUAGCUGGAGCCCAGCACUGAACUCUCAUGUACUUCAUUCCCCCCCUAACCCUAUCCUUCUCUGUCAUGGACUCAAAAACAGUACCCCCAUUCAUUACAAGCAUCAGUGAAAAGUCUUUGACAUGUUGCAUUUUUGUCCUCUGAGUCACCCACACCCCUUCUUUAAAGACUUUCCCAUGUUUUCCUGGCCUUACAUAACUAUCCCCCGCCUUCAAAAUUCAUUCACUUUCUCCAGGAGAAACAGAUCCACCUCUCACCCCCACCCCUCUCAUUCCUAACACACACAUCUGACCCAGUGUUCUGCUUUAGUCCUAAACUGCUGUGGGAUCAUUCUGUGCUCUUUAGAUGCAAAUGUGGCUGAGGUUUUGGGACUCUCUGUCUCAAUCUUAUUCUGUUUUUAGUCUGUGCAAAUGAAAUGAAAACAGUUGUAUAAGUUGCAAAGAAAAAAGCAAGGUUGCCUUUGUGAUAACUUUUCAUUAUGUAACACUGUGGCUAAAAGCUUGUGCUGUGUAAAAUUAGGCAAUCAGGCCACCCUCAUCCUGGUGGGAGAAGGACAGCCUUGACCUAGACAGAGUCACAUUUGUCUGCUGCCAUAUGCCUGGGAUUGCUUGCACGCUUUUGGUGGGUGACACCCUUUCUUCAAAAGGACAUAACAAAACAGAGGGGCAACCUAAAUGUCUGACACCGAAUGGCGGUUGCUAAUUAGACUACAUUGUGUUAUUAUUACGCCAACAUGCCAUUUUGACAUGCACAGAGACCUCACUUUCACUGCCUGUUGAUAAGUGGCUACUGCACUUCAGUAUUGACUAGGGGCUACACAUUGGUGGGAGCUGAGGUGAGUUGCUGCCCGCCACACACUUACACUGUAAAUCACAUGGUGCUACAUAAUCGCAAUUAGUCAAUAUUACUUUGAUUGUUAAGUACUGUACUGGUGUAAAGCAGGCAUUGCAGAGUGCAUGUGGACAUGUGUUGAUGUAUGGCCAGUUAAACCUUGGAUGAGGAGGUUGGUGUUGCUGGUGGAAGAACAACUUUUUUCAAUUUACGUUUAUAUAAAGCACAUUUAAUAUUAAUGAAAUUAUCUUUUCAGAACCUGGGAAGAAUGCUGCUUUGCAUCUUCUUAAAGCAAGAAAAAUAGUAUAUUGUGGCUUUGCAAGAUAGCAUCAGAUUGUAAUAUCAAUUGCCCUUGUUUGCAUGCAAUAAAGUUAUGCAUCACAUAUA